AUGGAUAUGAAGAAAAUGAUUGAACAGGUGUUGCAGCAAAAUAAGUUAUUACUAGUUUCAGAAGAGCAAUCACGAGGGAGGCUGCCAUUUGUGGUAGAAGUAAUGGAAAAACCCUUACCUAGAAAAUUUAGGAUGCCCCAAAUAACCACUUACUCUGGCAAGGAUGAUCGUUACGAUCACAUGCAGAAUUACGAGUCUUUGAUGAUGCUCCAUGGACGAGAUGACGCGAUAAUAUGUAGGGCCUUCCCGUUAACCCUAGUUGAACAUGCUCGGGCUUGGUUUAAUGGUUUACCCGAAGCAUCAAUUUCCUUGUUUGGGCAACUAAAGGCGAAAUUUAUCAAAGCAUUCAUUAUUAAUAGCCAAAGGAAGAAAGACGCGACAUACCUCCUUAGCAUUCGACAGGGGAGCAAAGAGACCCUACACCAUUAUGUGGACAGAUUUCGGAAUGCUACACUUGAGAUUCACAACCUACCGAUUGAGAUGGUAGUGUCCGCCAUGUUCCAAGGGGCGCAGCUGACUUCUUUCCAAGAAUCCCUCUCUCUAGACUAUCCAAAAUCCUUGGCAGAUUUGUUCGUCAGGGCCAAUAAAUAUAUACACCAUACAGAAGUAAUGAGGACUGUAGUAAUGGAUGAAGACAGGGAGCGAAAAAGAAAGGAACGAGAUAUUGAAGAAGACCUUGAUCGGCGAGAAGAGAGGGCUCGAAGAGUGGAUGAUGUCAGACCCCAGUUCAAUCACUAA